GCCUUGCCUCCCUCAUCUAAUUCUCUAGGAGACUUAGGGCCCCAACCCUCCUUCGGGCUGUUUAUCGUUGUGCCCGACCCACGGCACAUUGUGUGACUCUGACUUAAGAUUCUAACGCUGUGCAAGAGGGAAAAAAAAGUGGAGAAGGCUGGGCUGGACCACGGGAAAGAGAUAGGAAAACGGAUAGGAUUGUAAGGCACAGAGUCGGCUCGGCGUCCCUGGCACUUAGGAAGACAGGUCCCUGGAGGGGCCUUGGCUGGUCUCCGCUCGCGGGAGUUCUGCGGUGUCUUUCCCACUGUUAUCUGCAGGCUAGCCCGCUUCCUCUGCGCUCCGGAAAGCUGCGGCCCAGCGCAGACUAGUGAGGACCUCCACAGCUCCUGACGUUGCUAGGAGUCCUGUCGGCGUUUUCUCCCAGGCUCCGCCAUGCCGGCGGUGCUGGGUUUUGAAGGCAGCGCCAAUAAGAUUGGCGUGGGUGUGGUGCGGGAUGGCAAGGUGCUGGCGAACCCGCGGCGGACCUAUGUCACGCCUCCGGGCACAGGAUUCCUUCCAGGUGAUACAGCCAGGCAUCACCGAGCUGUUAUCCUAGACCUGCUGCAGGAGGCACUAACAGAGUCUGGAUUAACCUCCCAGGAUAUUGAUUGCAUUGCAUACACCAAGGGCCCUGGCAUGGGUGCCCCACUGGUUUCUGUGGCUGUUGUGGCCCGUACUGUGGCCCAACUGUGGAAUAAGCCAUUGGUGGGUGUGAACCACUGUAUAGGACACAUUGAGAUGGGCCGCCUCAUCACUGGAGCCACCAGCCCAACCGUGUUGUAUGUCAGUGGAGGAAAUACGCAGGUGAUUGCAUACUCGGAACAUCGUUACCGUAUCUUUGGGGAAACCAUCGAUAUUGCAGUGGGUAAUUGUCUGGAUCGUUUUGCUCGAGUGCUGAAGAUUUCUAAUGACCCAAGUCCAGGAUACAACAUUGAACAGAUGGCAAAGCGAGGCAAGAAGCUAGUUGAGCUGCCGUACACUGUAAAGGGGAUGGACGUCUCAUUCUCAGGGAUCCUGUCCUUCAUUGAGGAUGUAGCCCAUCGGAUGCUGGCCACAGGCGAGUGUACUCCUGAGGAUCUGUGUUUCUCCCUGCAGGAAACUGUGUUUGCAAUGCUGGUAGAGAUCACAGAGCGAGCCAUGGCACAUUGUGGCUCCCAGGAGGCCCUCAUUGUGGGAGGAGUGGGGUGUAAUGUGAGGCUACAGGAGAUGAUGGCGACAAUGUGCCAGGAACGUGGAGCCCGGCUUUUUGCUACAGAUGAGAGAUUCUGUAUUGACAAUGGAGCCAUGAUAGCCCAGGCUGGCUGGGAGAUGUUUCAGGCUGGACACAGGACCCCACUCAGUGAUUCUGGGGUUACACAGAGGUAUCGGACAGAUGAAGUAGAAGUGACCUGGAGGGACUAAUAAGAUUAACAGAAUCACAGUAGAUAGUUCCUUAAUUGGAACCCAAAGGACCCUGUGCCUCAAUCUCUAUCCUGAUGUCACGGGAGUCCUAGCAAAGCUAUAGAUUCCAAGCAAGGCUUGGGGUCCUUUAUGGAACCCCAAGAUGACUCAGCAAUAAAAUAUUUUUGGUUUUUUGGUUUUGUA